UUAAUACUUGGCCCGAUGUUCUCCGGAAAAACGACAGAAUUGAUGCGCCGUGUCAGAAGAUUACAGAUUGGCAACCAAUCUUGUGUAAUCAUUAAGUAUGCAAAUGAUAACAGAUACGACAAGGAUGGCGUAGCAACGCAUGAUCUGCAAAUUGCAAAAGCGAUUUCGUCUAAUGAUUUAUUUAGCAUCGAAUCUCAAGCAGAAAGCUACGGUGUAAUUGGUAUUGAUGAAGGCCAAUUUUUUCCGGAUGUGGUGCCAUUCGCUGAGCACAUGGCUAAUAAGGGUAAAUUAGUUAUUGUUGCUGCAUUGGAUGGAACAUUUCAAAGGAAGGGAUUUGGAGAUUUUCUAAAUUUGAUUCCCUUAGCUGAAGAUGUUAUGAAACUAAGUGCUGUAUGCAUGCUUUGCUAUUCGGAGGGAGCUUUUACGAAGCGUUUAAGUAGUGAACAAACGGUGGAAGUCAUUGGGGGAACUGAUAAAUAUAUGGCGGUAUGUAGAAACUGUUACAAGAAGCCCAUCAAAGAACUUCACUUACAGGAAACUCCUACAAAGGCUACAAACCUUGGCAGGAAGUUGAUCUUGGACGAAGAAGUGACUGCAAGCUCUUAA